CGAAGCCGGACUCCUGUGGUUGAGGGCACUUCCGCCUCCUCGCCGGACUGAUGUCGGAAGAAGAAGGAGCAUCUUUGGUGCCUCAUUCCUGUGUUAAUAUUUACCUACUUUUCAGACAUCCGUGAAUAACAUAUUUUCCUUGAGCUCAAGGAUGGAGCAGGAUGAGCCCUUGCCCCCCUAUAUUAAAGAGGAAGAGGAGGAGCCCCUACAAAUAAAGGUGGAAGAGGAGGAGCUAAAGUACCCCCAGAUCAAAGGGGAGGAGGAGGAGCCACAUACCUCUUACAUGAAAGAAGAAAAAGAAUCCCAGCUCCCCCUCACACUACAGAGAAAGAGGAGUCAUAUUAAAGAAGAAGAGGAGGAACAGAGCAUCAGUCAGGAGGGAGAGCAUGUUGAAGAUGAUGUCAUCAAGAUGCCUUUGACCGCUGUGAUUGUGAAGAGUGAAGAUGAGGUGAAAAGUGAAAGUGAGGAGGAGCCUCCAAGCGGCAGGUCAACACAACACAUGACAACAGAAGCUGAUGGAGACCACUGUGAUAAGCUCUUAGCUCCACUCUCUGAAGGUGAUGCAACAUGUCACACGGACAACACAAUCUUCACGUGCUCUCACUGUGACAAACCUUUUAAACACCAGUGUCGUCUGAAAGUACACAUGAGAACGCACACUGGAGAAAAACAUUUUUCCUGUUCAAUCUGCAGUAAGGAUUUUACCCAAAAACACCAUUUGAAAACGCACAUUAGAAUACACACGGGGGAAAAACCUUUCUUCUGCUCAGAAUGCGGUAAAGGUUUCGCACAUAAUAGUGUGCUGAAAAUACACAUGAGAAUACACACUAGAGAAAAACCUUUUCCCUGUUUAAUCUGCGGUAAAUAUUUCACUCAAAGGCAACAUGUGAAAACACACAUGAGAACACACACUGGAGAAAAACCCUUUUCCUGCUCAGAAUGCGGCAAAGAUUUCACACGAUCUAGCGAUUUGAAAAUACACAUGACAACACACACUGGGAAAAAACCUUUUUCCUGCUCAGAAUGUGUUAAAAGUUUUACACGAAUUAGCGAUUUGAACGUACACAUGAGAAUUCACACGGGGGAAAAACCUUUUUCUUGUUCCAUCUGUAGUAAAGGUUUUACACGAACGAGCGAUUUGAAGAUACACAUGAGAACACACACUGGGAAAAAAACUUUUUCCUGCUCACUAUGUGUUAAAAGUUUUACACGAACCCACGAUUUGAAAGUACACAUGAGAAUUCACUCUGGAGAAAAACCCUUUUCUUGUUCCAUUUGUGGUAAAGGUUUUACACAAAGUCGCGAUUUGAAAGUACACAAGAGUAGACACACCAGUGAAAAACCAUAUCCCUGUAUAAACUGCAACAAAAGCUUUUGUAAAAAGAAAAACCUUGAAAGACACAUGAGAGUUGCAAUGUGUGUGAUGAAAGAAUCUCUUAUAAGUGCCAGUCAGUACAUGUCCAUCACUAAAGUAGUCCCAUUUCACAAAUAGUUCAAUCCAAUCCACUUUAUUUAUAUAGCACAUUUAAACAACAAAAAUGUUUCCAAAGUGCUGCACAAAAACAUUAAAAACAAGAUUCAAAUACUAUCCUUAGCUCCACCAGUGACUGAAUGAAAACAAGAAAUAAAUAUAAAAACAAUAUAAAAAUAAAUAUGAUUAAAAACGAUUUUAAAGGGUAAAACCAAUUAAAACAAUAAAUAGAAAUAAUAGUUUGGCUCUAAAUAAGCAAUCUACAACCUUAACACCUUAAUCCGAUCACGUCCGGUUUUUGAAAAGUCGGAUUAACACACCUGGGGCCGUACUUAUCAAGCUUCUUAGAAUUACUCCUAAGAAGUCUGCUAAGAGUUGACUUAAGAGUAAAUAAAUUAUUCGCUGAAAGCUGCACUUAAAAGUUAGUUAUCAAGCGUCUUACUCACACUUUCAGUGAAGUGUAGGACUGAAUCUUAAGAGUCACACUCAGAGCUGAAUUACGACAUUACUAUGUGCCGUAAACGGAAUUUUAGGUGACGUCAUUUCUGUGUCCAUAGAAAUGACCAAUCACGGAAGGGAAUCCCUUGUCUAAGAAUAAAGAAAUAUCUCAGAAAUAUUUAAGUGGACAAUGGGAGUGUAUAUUUUGACAAUAAACUACAAAAUAAUACAAAACAAACAAACAAUAUUGGCAAUGAAUCAAAAAUAAAUGUUUCCUUUUUGUUGCACCUUUCCUGCUUCCUGCUCCCAGACCGUAAUCAAAGAGGCAGGGGAGACACUUCUCCAGGAUGUAUGCUCGGGGCAACACCCUUCACUUUACCCGACAGUGGGUCUCCACAGCGGACGACUUUAGAGUGAAUGAUGAGUCCGGCGAUUAGUUGCAAAUCUUGCUUUAUUGAUUGCUUGCACACAGCCAAUCCAACACAAAACAAACUAGUCCCCGCUCGCACUCACAAUACCGCUCCCUCUCUCUCUCGCCCACACACUCACUGACAUCACUCACCUCACAUGCUGUCACCUAUUAAAGGGCCACACACAUACGCUACUCUCAUAACAUUUUCUUUCCAAUUCAUUAAUUAGGCAACUAAUUUGAAACUGGUGUGGGUGGCUCUAUAUAUACUAGUCCACUGCAGCCACAUGCAGAAAUCAACAAGGAAUGGAAAAUUAUUAAAUCUGUGACAAAAAUAAUACCUGCUCUGUCUAAACGAUACCGUUUGAUCAGCUGCUCGUCAUCAAACAAAGAUGAACGUUCGCGCACGUCUCUCUCGCCUCAGUGCCAUCCCCUGCUGGCAACUCCUAACCACUUGGGACACCUCUGAAGGUCUCUUAAAUAUCGUGGAGAGUAGGAGUGAUUCUUAGACUUAAGAACGUUGAUAAAAAGCUUUUAUUCUUAAGUUUGAGAGUAGGACUAAAUUUCGCAAAUUUUCAGGACUUAAGUGUAA